AAGAGAGAGAAAGUGCGUGUGUGUGUGUGUGUGAUUUGUAAAUGCAAGUCAUACACUUGCAUUUCCCAGUAAUUGCGAUUCUAGGAAAAGAGAAAUUGCCUACUGUACAUUACACACACUCUGCUGAGGAGAACACACCGGGACGCGACGUUACGCGCGCGCACACACACGCGCGCGCGCGCACACACAUUGCGUCUUUAUUAGUAUUAUUAUUGUUCUUUGAUGUUUGUAUGACGGUUUCCGCGAAUUUGCUCAGCGCUCGUGCUUUUGGCCCAAGUCGCGUGCGUCAUGACGAGCUCACCUGGUCGCGUGCGGACAAAUUCAGCCUACAUUUGCGUCUGCUAACCCUCUCCAGGUCCUCCUUGAUCGACUUACCAUGGAGACGAGCUCAGGAGCAGGAGUGAUCUUAUACGCCUGUUCCGGCUUGAGUCCCGACAGCCCAUCUAGUGGGUAUCAGACUCAUUCACCCUCCUCUCAGUCUCAGCCUUCUUCUCCAGAGGAAAUGGUCUCUGAACUUCAGCACAGGACCACAAGUAGUGACCUGAGCCUCACCACAGGCAUUUCCUCUUCAUCUAAACCCGUCUUUCAGUUCCCCGAACUGAGCAACACUCACAUUACAUUAUCAGGACAGAGCGCAAACUCAGAGUCACUCAUAGGCAGGAGGUCAUGUGGUGCUUUUACACUAGGGAGCAGUGGAAUGGUGUUGUUGUGUAAAGUGUGUGGAGACAUCGCAUCAGGAUUCCACUACGGAGUUCAUGCAUGUGAAGGAUGCAAGGGUUUCUUCAGACGCAGCAUCCAACAGAACAUCAGCUACAAGAUGUGUGUGAAGAAUGAAAACUGUCUGAUUGUGAGAAUGAACCGUAACCGCUGCCAGCACUGUCGAUUCAAAAAGUGUCUCUCUGUCGGCAUGUCCAGAGAUGCUGUGCGCUUUGGUCGUAUUCCUAAACGUGAAAAACAGAGACUCCUGGAUGAAAUGCAGAGCUGCAUGAACAGCCACAAAGCCACCGACAAUGACUCAGCCACGCCCUACAAAGCCCCACCCAUGGGAACCACCCUCAGUCCUCAAUGCCAAAAAUUAGGGUCAGAUGAGGUUUUCAGGACCUCUUCUCAUUUCCCUAUCACUGUCAAGGAGGAGGAAAAGCCCAGGAAGAUAAACAAUGACAAUGAUUCCUGCCAGUCCCACAAGUUUGUUCUUCCUCACUUCACUUCAACUACAUCCUGCCCUGCCCAAGGCACAUUCACACCUACUUGCAACAAAAACAUGCCCACGCCCACAGUAAGUGAUGCCCAUAUCAAGAGAGAAACGCCCUCUCCGUGGAGCCCAAGUGCUGGAGCUAAAGUUCUGGCGUGUCCUCUGAACUCAUGUCCCGUGUCCCCAUCAGAUCGUUCCACUCAGCAGAUCUGGGAUGCUUUUUCGCAGUGUUUCAGUCCUGCAGUUAAAGAAGUGGUGGAAUUUUCUCGCAACAUUCCGGGAUUUUACACGCUCAGCCAAGACGAUCAGAUCCAACUGCUUAAAUCAGGCACCUUCCAGGUUCUGAUGGUGCGAUUUUGUUCGCUCUUCGACCCCAAACAGCGAACUGUGACAUUUUUAAAUGGACAGAUGUAUCCUCUGGUGGCUUUAAGGGCACUUGGCAUGGGGGCUCUACUGAACACCAUGUUUGAUUUCAGCGAGAAACUGAGCAUUCUGGGAUUGGAGUCAGACGAGAUGUCAUUAUUCAUGGCUGUAGUGCUGGUUUCUGCAGAUCGGUCUGGUGUCUCCGAUGUGGCUGCCGUGGAGAAACUACAGGAAGAAUUGAUAGAUGCUUUGCGAUCUGUUCUUGUACAAAGGCGGCCAAAUGAGAGCGAGAUUUUUUCCAAAUUGCUCUUACGUCUUCCUGAUCUACGAACACUAAACAGCUUGCACUCAGAAAAACUUUUAGCCUUCCGCAUCGACCCAUAAAUAAUACGAGAUUUAAUGUUAAAUUAAAUGUUUAAAAAGUGCUAUAUAUUACACUGUUGCCUUAAAAAGGGAAAGAAUGUAGUCAUGGUGAUGCCUAUAAAAAUUUGCAUAGCAACAUUAUUUCCUGAAUACCAGAAUGUAUCGCAAAGCUUGCUACCUGUUGUCCUUAAUUGUUGAAAAGUGUAAGUAAAAGAACCUCAGCAGUGUCAUGUUUCACCUCAUCUUCUGUGGUUAUGUGAUAUUUUUUUUAUUUAAAACUUUUCUUAACAUUUAAGCUUACUGUAGCUACCAGUAGCUCAGCUACAUGCUAACUCACUAUGUUACUAGAACAAAUUUUGCUGUAAUGCCUAACACAAAUUAUAUUCUUGUUUUAUUCUACAAAUGUGUGUUUGUAUUUGUUUGUUUAUUUUGCAUUUUUCAAACAUCACAAACAAUGUUGCAUGUUAACCUGUAAGGUGGGCUGUUGGGUUCAUUAUGUUAGUUAAAUGACACUUUGCGUAGCCAUGGGAAUGAUUCUACAGUAGCUAGCUAACAUAUAUGAAAAAAAAAUUUCGACAACAGGCAGCUAAUGUAUACAUGUUUUACACCAUGAUUUUAUUGUAUUUUUGAUUUCGGGUUGUUGUCUAAAAAUGGACCCAUAUGACUCUCCUUUUAAGUUUUUCCAUUAUAAGGAACUUUUUAUUUGAAGGAAGAAAAAAAACUUGGAUGUUAUAAAGUUUCAACAAAAUUGUUAAUGUUUAUUGUUGUUAAUUAUCAGUGCAGGUAUCUAAUACAUAGCUAAAUUUUGUGUUUUUAUAAUAUUCCUUUGUUUAUAUUUGAACAUUUUGACAUAAAUCUCAAAUAUAUAAAAUUUAGUUAAUCACCUAAAACAUAUUUGGGGUCUGAAAUUUUCUUUUCUGGUUAUAUCCUUUAAUAUAAGAAGAUAUUUUUGAAGAUUUGUACUGUAUAUCUAAACACACAAACUACAAUAAUAUUUAGCAACAAUUAAAGUGUCAAAAGAUUUUUGGUGUAUUUUGUGUAAGAGCACAAACGUUAACUAAUUUGCAUUUAAAAUAGACGGACCUAUCUUUGACUUUUUCCAUUUAACAAAAUUUUUUGGUUUGUGUACGUCUUUUUAUUUUAAUGAUACUAAAAACUUUUUUUCUUUUUUGUUGUUCUUUUUUUAUGCAUUUCCAUGACUAAAAUUUAAACUUUUAAUUAUCAACUAUUAAACUUUUACCCCUAUUAUUAUCACCAAACUAAUCAACAUGGUCCCAAAUGGUCACCUGCGAUAUGUAUAUGCUUUUGUUAUUAUCAUCAAGGUGUUUUUU